ACCCCGGCAGCCCCGUCCCUUGUGAGCGUGGUGAAGAAGGGGAGAGCAGCCAAAGACAGCAUCGCACUGUCGUGGAAGGAGCCGGAGCGGCCCAACGGCAUCAUCCUGGAGUAUGAGAUCAAGUAUUUCGAGAAGGAUCAGGAGACCAGUUACACCAUCAUCAAGUCCAAGGAGACGGAGGUGAUCGCAGACGGCCUGCGACCCUCGUCCGUCUACGUGUUCCAGAUCAGGGCGCGCACCUCAGCUGGCUAUGGCGGCUUCAGCCAGCGCUUCGAGUUCGAAACCAGCCCCUACCCAGUAGCUGCAUCCAGGGACCAGGGCCAACUUCCCAUCGUGGCAGUGGCCGUCAUCGUGGGCGUGGUCCUGCUGGCACUAGUCACUGGCUUCUUGCUGAGCGGAAGGCGCUGCGGCUACAGCAUCGCGAAGCAGGAUCCGGAUGAGGAGAAGAUGCACUUCCACAGCGGCCUGCUCCAGCUCCCCGGUGUGCGCACAUACAUCGACCCGCACACCUAUGAGGACCCCAGCCAGGCCGUGCACGAGUUUGCCAAGGAGAUCGACGCUUCCUGCAUCACCAUCGAGAGAGUCAUCGGGGCUGGUGAGUUUGGGGAGGUGUGCAGCGGGCCGCUCCGACUGCCUGGAAAGAGGGAAUUCACGGUGGCCAUCAAGACGCUGAAGGCGGGCUACACUGAGAAGCAGAGGCGGGACUUCCUGGCGGAGGCCAGCAUCAUGGGCCAGUUUGACCAUCCCAACAUCAUCCACCUGGAGGGCGUGGUCACCAAGAGUAAGUGUGUGGUUAUGCAGACACACAGUAGGUGGAGGUGGAGGCAGGAGAGGCCGUGCUGUUGGUCUUGGUGCUGGAGGCCGCCGGCUGCAAAUCUCACCGACAUGGAUACGUCCGACCCAAGGCUCCGCUUACUUGCCAACCACUCAGAGGGCCCCAAGUCAGCAUCUCUGCUGCCGGCCCUCAGCACCUGCUUUCUGAGAUUUAUCUGAUGGCACUGACUGAGCCAGCU